AUGUCGGAGGACCAAGGCCAAGGCACAACUCGCAGAGACUCUUGUCUCAAGGCAGGGGCAGCUGCUUCUGGUUCCGGUGUGCCAGAAACCAUGUCGGGUUUUAAUCCAGCUACCAGGGGCGGUUCCAGAGUUUCCUUUUUGCUAAAUACCACAUCAGAUUCCAGCCCAUCUUCUGAGAACGCUCGCAGGAUUUCCCUUGUGAUAAAUACUUCAUCGAAAACAAGUGCAGGCUCCAACACCUUCUUUGCUCUUAACAAGUCAGGGCCUGGGCCCCUAGAUUCUUUUGAGACGAAUAAGUUUGGCCAAGUGUCAAGGGACUCUUUCUAUGUUCCCACGCAGGAGGCCAGUGCUGCCAGUUCUUCUUUUUUGGCCUUUACCAUGUCACAUACAUCUUCACCACGAAGCUCCAGGGAAACUCAUCUUGUUCCCAAGCCAAAGACAAGUCUUGCUGCUAGUUCAUUUGGGGCCAUGUUCAGGGAGGACUUAUCUGGAGUCCCAGAGAUCAGGGAAACCCGCAAACUUAUUCCCCACCGUGAAUCCUCUAAACUUUCUUCUGUUCCUGAGCAGAUCCAGAAACAUGUACAGCCUUUUUACCUAGCCAAGGAGCAGCUUCUGCAUGUGAGGAAUGCUGUAUUAUCUGCCAUGGAGCAGGGCCUAAAGCAGAAGGUUAAAGAUGCCCUCCCUUUACCCAUGCUGUCUUCAUAUGUUUGUGCCUUGACUGAUGGCACUGAGCAAGGGGAUUUUUUGGGUCUAGAAAUGAAGCAUACUCAGGUGAAGGUCUUGCUCUUGCAACUGUCCAGUGACCGUGAGGAGUCAAUGGUGAUUAAGAAAAGGAACUUUGCAAUUACUGAGAAGAUUAUCAAUGGCAGUGGGGAGCAGCUUUUUGAAUUCUUGGCACAAUGUGUAGCCAUGUUUUUGGGUGGACUUGACAUCAGCGUAAAAUAUUACCCGCUGGGCUUCUGUUUUCCCUUCCGUUGCGAACAUGUCACAAUAAACCAGUGUAAGUUGAUCAAAUGGUCAAAGGACUGCCGGUGGCCAGGUGUGGAGGGGCGUGAUGUGUCACAAUUACUUCAAGCAGCUCUUAACCAGCAUUGCAAGAACUACCAAGUUGAGGUCCUUGCUGUAAUAAAUGACGCAGUGGCAACCAUGUUGAGCUGCCAUUCUGAAGAAGAGCAAUGUGAGGUUGGGCUAAUAAUAGAUGCUGGCACUAACUGCUGUUACGUGGAGGAGACACAGCACAUGGCAGGCUUGGAGCAAAAGCAGGGAUGCAUGUGUAUCAGCACAGAAUGGGGCAGUUUGGGGAAUGCUGGCGAGUUGACAGAUGCAAUGACAGAGUAUGACCUGCUAAUGGAUAAACAGUCCAUGGACCAAGGCAGAUGCAGGUUUGAGAAGAUGGUCAGUAGCUUUUAUCUGUGUGAUACUAUCCGAGUUGUUCUGGCUACUAUGGCUGAGAAAGGUGAGCUCUUCAGUGGGGUCCUGACUCCCACUCUACUGACCAAGGGAAAGCUGCAGCUCCAAGAUGUUGUGGAGAUCAUAGAUGAAAAGGUGGGCCUGGCAAAAACCAAGAACUUCCUUUUUCACUUGGGAAUGGUGGCAAGCAACCAAGACUGUUUCCACGUGCAGCAAAUAUGCCAAGCGAUAUAUGUCCGUUCCGCCAAUCUCUGUGCUGCUGGACUGGCUGGUGUCCUUACUCAUAUCCGUGUUGCUCAAGGGCUGUCAGAGAUGAAGAUCUUUGUGGCUGUGGAUGGAGACUUGUACAAGAGCCGGGCACAGUAUGGUGAGAUACUGCAAGAGACGUUGAAGUCACUGGCUCCUGAAUGUACCGUCACCUUUGUCACGUCAGAGGAGGGCUGUGUUCUUGGGGCUGCCAAGGUGACAGCUGCAGCAGUGAGGCUUAGAAACCAGCAUGAAGUAGUUGCCCAGGUCCUGGCACCUUUCCGACUUUCUGUGUUGGACCUUGAAAGACUGCGGACCAUGAUGAGACAGGAAAUGGAGAAGGGUCUGUCAAAGGAGACACACAGCUCAGCCAGUGUCCGCAUGUUGCCCACUUAUGUCCGCAAUUUGCCUGAUGGCAGUGAGAGAGGGGAUUUCCUGGCACUGGAUCUGGGCGGAACUAAUUUCCGAGUGCUGUUGGUGCAGGUGCGAAGCAAGGAGGAGGGUGGUGUGCACAUGACCAGUGAGAUUUACAGCAUUCCACCAAAAAUUGCCCAAAGUAAUGCAAAAGAGCUCUUUGAUCACAUUGUUCGCUGCAUUUUGGAUUUCCAUACCAAGCAUAGCUUAGCAGGCCGCACACUGCCACUGGGUUUCACUUUUUCCUUUCCCUGCCAUCAAAUAAACCUGGACAAGGGCAUCUUGCUGAGAUGGACCAAGGGCUUCAGUGCCACAGGCUGUGUGGGAGAAGAUGCUGUGAGUUUGCUGAGAGAGGCUGUACAACGUCAAAAGGACGUCGAUAUAGACGUGGUUGCCAUAGUGAAUGACACAGUAGGAACCAUGAUGGCAUGUGCCUAUGUGGACCCCAACUGUGAAAUUGGCCUCAUUGUUGGUACAGGAUGCAAUGCUUGCUACAUGGAGGAGAUGAGGAAUGUGGGCACUGUGGAGGGUGAUGAGGGCAGAAUGUGUAUCAAUAUGGAAUGGGGGGCAUUUGGAGACAACGGUUGCCUUGAACACUACAUAACAUCUUAUGACGAGAAAGUGGAUGCAGCAUCCCUCAAUAUUGGCCAGCAGAGGUAUGAAAAAUUCAUCAGUGGCAUGUAUUUGGGUGAGAUUGUGCGUUAUAUUCUGCUGGAUCUAGCAUCGCGUAAGGUCCUCUUCAAGGGUCGAUCGUUACCUGUACUUAAGACCAAAGACAUCUUCCCCACCAAAUUCCUAACAAACGUUGAGGACAGCCCAGGCCACCAUUUCGUAUGUAACAUCUUGGAAGAAUACGGGUUGAAUGUAUCUACAGAGGAUGCCCUGGUGGUAAAGGAAGUGUGCCAUGUCGUGUCCUCACGUGCUGCUAAGGUGUGUGCAGCUGGAGUGGCUGCUGUUGCAGAGAAGAUCCGACAGAAUCUGCGCAAGUCAAAGUUGGACGUGACAGUUGGCGUGGAUGGGACAGUUUACAAGAUGCACCCUUAUUUUGCGAAAAAGCUUCAGGAUACAGUGGCUCUGCUGGCUCCAAAUUGCAACGUAAAAUUCUUGCUGUCAGAGGAUGGUUCAGGGAAGGGGGCUGCACUGAUUGCUGCUGUGGCCAGCCAUAAAUAAUCCAAACAUGCACUUGACCUCCAGGAACCAGGACACCAGACCAUUCUUUACAAUGUUCAGAUCCUGACCUACAGCCGAGCAUUUCACCCUUCUUUGUGGCAGUUGUGACAAAAUUGCAGGAAAAGCAAGUUAUGUCAGUAGUGGUGUUCCUUCUGUCUAGCUCUCCUUACCAUCUCUGAUUUGCGCUCCAG